AUGGAUAAUGCUUUCAACAACGAGCUGAGAGCUGCGGCCGAUACUCCAAGCAAGGCAGCCAAGACGUCCGAAUAUGCGACACCAUCCACCAGGCGCAAGCUGCCAUGGCAAAUGGAUCAGCCAUCAAAGGGGAACAUCACUGGCUUGCAGACCCCCCAGACUGGAGGCAGAGCUUAUGACGCUCUUGGUUCCAGACUGAGUGCCACAUCCUCGAGGCAUCACGAUGCUGAAGAUGAUACACAUCAGACAGCAACACCUUCUUCCUCCUUCGAGACGCCAACACCGAACCGCUUCCGUAAUAUCCCGCCUGACGAUCUGACGCGAGAUGUGUUUGAACUCAUACAGGACAACAACGUUCGGCUACCAGCUGAUAUCCAGGCUGAUCUCAAGGACCUGUUGUUGAGGAACGCGAAGAACAUAGAGGGGUUGAGGAGAGGGCGUGACGUCUCGCGAAGCGCUAUCAAAGCAAAAGAAGCGAAGAUUACGGAGCUCACCUACCGUGUGAGCACACUGGAGGCCGAAUUGGAAGCCGAGAAAGCCAUGGUAACGCAUCUGCAAUGGGAAGCAGGUCUGCAAGAACCUUAG